UGUACAUCGGUCUCGGGUGGAAUGUUUGUUGAUGUACACCUAUGAGUAGAAACGUAUCAAAAUUACUGUUGUAAUAUAUAUUUAUCGGAGUAAUGUUGAAAUCAAAAACUUUCGUAAAGAAGACCCGAUCAGGCGGGAUCAUGAAAAUAGUCCGUGAGCACUACCUGCGAGACGAUAUUUGGUGCGGGAGUGAAGUUUGUACAGAAUGCAAGCAAGAAGAGUCCGUGUUGCAGAAAGACGCUUGCAUUGAAAGCAACUUGUGUUCUUUCCCACACUAUUUGCUCCCAGACACAAAUGUUGUGUUGAGCCAGAUUGAUAUCCUGGAGGAUCCCUUGAUCAAGAACGUGAUCAUUCUGCAGACUGUACUCCAAGAGGUCCGCCACAGGAGCGCUCCCAUCUACAAGCGGUUGAAAGACAUCCUUCACGACAAGGAGAAACACUUUUACACUUUCACUAACGAGCAUCACAGAGAAACGUAUAUAGAGAGAGAGCAGGGGGAAAGCGCCAACGAUCGUAAUGAUAGAGCCAUCCGCAUAUCUACAAAGUGGUACAGUGAUCACCUGAACAACAUCCCCACGGACAUGGGGUUAAAGGUUGUUUUGCUGACCAAUGACCGGGGCAACAAGGAGAAAGCAGAGGAGUCCGGCCUGCUCACAUACAGAUGUGAGGAGUACGUCAAGAGUCUGAUAGCCAACCCUGAGCUGGUGGAUCGACUGGCUUUGACCAACGAUGACAAGAAUGAGAUCACCAGCAGUAAGGUGUUGUUCCCGGAGCACCUGCCCCUGUCUAGGAUCCAGUCUGGGAUUAAGAGUGGGACCUUCCAACAGGGAACGUUCCGGGCUAGCAGAGACAACUACCUGGAGGCUACUGUGUUUGUCCACGGAGAAGGAGAUGACAGUACAGAGGUUCUGAUCCAAGGCCUACAGAACCUGAACAGGGCUGUCCAUCAGGACCUGGUUGCUGUGGAGAUCCUGCCUCUGAACCAAUGGGUGGCUCCGUCCUCUGUGGUGCUGCAGGACGAGGGGCCCAAGGAGGAUGAUGUCACAGAGGAGGAGGAGGAGGCAGAGUUGAAGAGUGGUCCGUCUGGGGCGGGGUCACGGAAGCCCACAGGCAGGGUGGUGGGCAUCAUCAAGAGGAACUGGAGACCCUUCUGUGGCAUGCUCUUCCUGUCCCAAAUCAAAGAGGCGACCCGUCACCUCUUCACCCCAGCUGACCGUUGUAUCCCCAGGAUCCGUAUCGAGACGCGCCAGGCGGCCACGUUGGCGGGACAGAGGAUCAUGGUGGCCAUCGACGGCUGGCCCAAGCACUCCAGAUACCCUAAUGGCCACUUUGUUCGUAGCCUGGGCAGUGCAGGGGACAAGGAGACAGAGACGGAGGUGCUACUGUUGGAGCAUGAUGUCCCUCACCAGGACUUCUCACAGGCCGUCCUCAGUUUCCUCCCCAAGAUGCCCUGGAACAUCACAGAGGAGGACAUGGCUGUGAGAGAGGACCUGAGGAACCUGACCGUGUGCAGUGUGGAUCCUCCUGGCUGUACGGACAUAGAUGAUGCUCUGCACUGUAGAGACCUGGCCAAUGGAAACCAAGAGGUUGGUGUCCACAUUGCUGAUGUGAGCCACUUCAUCCGUCCAGGCAACGCCAUGGAUCUGGAGGCUGCUAACAGAGGCACUACAGUCUACCUGACUGGAAGGAGGAUCGACAUGGUUCCUGAACUGCUGAGCUCCAACCUGUGUUCUCUACGAUCCAGUGUGGAGAGGCUGGCCUUCUCUUGCAUAUGGGAGAUCAACGACAAGGCUGAGAUAGUCAAGACCAGAUUCACUAAAAGUGUCAUCAACUCCAAGGCCUCCCUGACCUACGCCGAGGCCCAGAUGAGGAUUGAUGACGCCAACAUGAAUGAUGACACCACCAAGAGCUUACGAGGCCUGAACAGACUAGCAAAGAUCCUGAAGAAACGGAGGAUAGAGAAAGGUGCGUUGACUCUCUCCUCGCCCGAGGUUCGCUUCCACAUCGACAGUGAGACUCACGACCCCAUAGACCUACAGACCAAGGAACUCAAGGAGACCAACUCCAUGGUGGAAGAGUUCAUGCUGCUGGCCAACAUCUCAGUAGCUCAGAAGAUUUAUGAUGAGUUCUCAGAGUGUGCUCUUCUCAGGAAGCACCCCGCCCCUCCUCCAUCUAACUACGACAUCCUCAACAAGGCUGCCAAGUCUAAGGACUUGGUGAUCCACACGGACUCGGCCAAGGCUCUAGCUGACUCUCUGGACGCGGCCCAGGUGGACGGCUUCCCUUACUUCAACACCUUGCUGCGUAUCCUAGCAACACGCUGCAUGAUGCAGGCUGUGUACUUCUGCUCCGGGAUGGACAGUGACUUCCACCACUAUGGACUGGCCUCGCCCAUCUACACACACUUCACCUCGCCUAUCAGACGAUACUCUGACAUCAUCGUGCAUCGGCUGCUGGCUGUAGCCAUUGAAGCAGACAGCACCUACCCAGACCUGAUGGACAAACACAAACAGUCUGCCCUCUGCAACAACCUCAACUACAGACACAAGAUGGCCCAGUACGCACAGCGAGCCUCUGUAGCCUUCCACACACAGCUGUUCUUCAAGAGCAGAGGCAUCCUGAACGAGGAGGGCUUCAUCCUGUUUGUGAGGAAGAACGCCAUCAUCGUCCUCAUCCCUAAGUUUGGUCUGGAGGGAACGGUGUUCUUUGAGAACAAAGACAAACCCAGCCCCAAACUGAUCUUCAACGAAGAGGCUCCUAGUCUGACGGUGGAGGGCCACUCCUUCAACAUGUUUGACAAGGUCAAAGUGACCAUCAGUCUGGACGCGUCCAACGUCCAGCACCAGAAGAUCAGAAUGUCCCUGGUCGAACCUGUGAUCUCUGGAGUGAGUGUGGUGCCAUCUGAACCAGAACCAGAGGCCAAGAGAACUAAACUGGACCGUUGAAUAACACCAUCCUCACACUGAGAUCUCUCUCUUAGCUCAGUUUUGAGUUAUUUUAAAUGUUUAGCUUUUUUUCUACAUGACAAGCAGAGAACAUCCUGUGGUUAAUAUGGUUCUGAUUUGAAACAGAACCUUUUUUCCUUGACUUAUAGAACGUCAACCUUCCAGGUAAAUGUUAAUGAGAUGCCAGUAACCUGUAGAAUGGGGUAAUAUACUGUGGCAAGACGGUCUAUUCUAGAAGGAAUGUUUCCUUGUACAACUCCCAAUAAAUCUCUUGGUUUUAGCCAAUGUUCCUUUUCUCAUCUC